AUUGGAUGAAGAGGCAGAAGUCAAAAUAACUUGUUUAUUUUUAUCAUCGGUUGACAAUAAACAAUCUACAUUGUUUAAAAUGUAAGAUAACCAAACCCCAUUGCCCAAGCGAAUUUAAAAUGACGAUUUCUGGCAAACUCUCCUCACCCGGAAUGGUACUAGGCGUAAGUCUCGCCCUGAUCAGCGCAACCCUAAGUGCUAACCUCCUAAUUCCUGUUUUACCAGUUAGUGGACUCGCUUUUGCAUUUAUUGCGUUACUAGUGUGGUUUAUUGCGCUGUUUUUCACUUUUGUGGGCUUGCACAAGGUGCUGCAAAGCAAAGAGCCAAUUUCCAGUGCAGUGUUUAACAAGUACUUUCGGUAUGGUUCCACCACUCCCCAAAAUGGGGCUGUGGAAACGCAGGCUGCCAUCACAGCCAAUGCGGACAGCAUUAGACGAUUGGCUGUGGAUAUUGACAGAUUUUUUAUCAGCAGAUGGUAUUGCAACAUCAGCUCUGACCAAAAUUUCCCAAUAGAAAGCAGGGUUUUCCUGCAAGAGGUAUUAACUAGGGUGACUGAGGUGACUUUGCAGAUGAAUAGCAACUCUCUACUUCAUGGGGUGCUCAAUAUCUUUUUGAAACACCUCAAGGAGUUCCGAAGGGGCUUGAAACGAAGAGACAAGUAUCGAGUGGCCAUUGAGGACGUCUACAGAUAUUCCCACGUUUGCAGCAUCUCAAGCAACCAGCCGUCCUUGGACUAUUUCAUGCACCAACUAACUAUAAGUCUGUUGCAUCCCUUCAUCAACUCCGAGCUCUGGAACUCGCUUCCCUGCCACAUUUUGGUCUCAAUUCUGGCUAGGAAGUUGAUGUACUACUUGCUGACUCAGUUGUCCUGCCCUCAAGUACUCAACUACCUAAUCUUGAACUCCCUGGCCUGUGGGGAGGUGAAGGAAAAGCUCCAGUUGGAGAAAUAUGGCCAAAUUUGCAUUGUAGAAUUUUUUGAUGUGAUUGAUGACAAUAAUCAGGAGGAGACGGCGAAGCCACCAGUGAAGCCCAGCGGCGUUGCUUCAGUUCAGCCAGUGGAUUUAGACAGGAUGAAAAAGGCAGAGGAGCUGCAGCGGGAAGUGGAAGAGGCGACCGCCCAACUGAAAAAAGACGCCAGGCCUCCAGUUGAGGUAAACCCCAGCAAGCCGUUGGUCGUCUUAAGGCAGCGGGGGCUCAAUUCAGUUGUGGAUGGGCAAACACCCACUGAACGGUCCCCAAGUAAACGAGGCGACGUCGUAAAGAUCUACGAACCCAAAAGCAGCGCUAAAACAUGGCGGGAUUCCAGAGAUUUAGCAUGUGUUUCACUGGGCCAGGAUCCGUUGGACAUGCUGGUGAUCCCCCCCGAUAGUGGGGGUAAAAUCGGGACCAAGCCACCCAUUUGGGAGCCUUCUGCAAAACCCGGCGAUUCCAAGCACGAUUCGCCGCCUAGUGCCAGUCAUCUCUUCAAUGAAGUAAUGCAGAUGACCUCGAUGGAGGGGCUGAAGACUUCGAUUAAGCCUUUGAGCGAUGUUACAGAGAGGACUCUGCACAACAUCAAGGACCUCCAAGAGGCCACCGUGCACAAAAUCGGCGAUUUCCAGGUAACUGACAAACCGCCCAUAGAUCCCCUCAAUUACUUACACUACUUGCCACCAAACACUCUUCUGCAUUCUUCCGUUCUGUCAAACACUCAACGUCUACAUGCGCCUGCAGAGGAUGAGGCCGCUGGUAUGGUUGAAGGGAUUCUGGAUUUUGGCAGGGCAGGGUUCCGCAAAGGCUUAAGGCUGACAGGGCUGCAAGAUAAUAUUGAAAAUGCUAAAACUCUGGCGGCAAACAGUAAUUCAGCGGUCAAAAGCGUCGCUAAACCAGGCAAGAAAAAGCUCGACGAUUUGAAGGAGAAAACCAGUUCGGCAGACAGUGCCGAUUCAACCGUUUGGAUCAAUCCGUUGCAGUUCGACUCACCAAACUAUGAUGGCCAAAUUUUAUUGGAAAAAGCGACUGGAAGGCCUGAUUUGGAAUCAAAUCCUAGAAUAGAAAACCUGCCUAUUCCGUCGAUAUCCACUGAAGACGCAUCUGGAACCGAUAGUCCGGACCCAGAGUACGAAGAUGCUGCAGAUUUAGCAUCCAGUAUAGCCAAACUGCGCUCUUUAUUGCAGCAAAGAUCGUCUGAAUCCAGUUUAUCGACUCCCGCGGUUAGUCCCAUGCCGGACGAAUACAGUAAGCAAGUGGAAUCGGAAGGCACAUCAGACGCUGAAACAUUAGAGGUGGAUGGUGUGAUGCCUAGUUUUUAUAAAUUCUGCACCAAAACAGCGUCUGGUGUUUUUUCCAACACAUUCAAUACGAUCAAAACGGCUCUACCAGGCAACAACACUGAAAACCUCUAUACGGUUGAGUUGUGGAAAUUCGUCACUGACCAAAAGCCAACCGACACCCUGAUCCGCAUGAAGAAGCUCCUAUCAGAGCGAAAGGAGUAUUGCGUUUUAGACAAAGAAAUCGAAGCUGCUUACGAUGCGUUGGAUUCCGUCGAUAUAUUCCAGCAGUCCCCCAAAUUGAUACCAAACAUCCAAUUCGAAGAUGAACUAGAGGACUUUGAGGGCAAACUGCCCAUCACCAAAGUGAUCUUCGAUAUAGUGUGCGAACUGUUAGUCGACACCAGUUCGUCUCUCAUACAAGAGCCGGUUAUUAAGGCGGCGCUUCUCUUAUUCGGCACUGCUCUAGAGGAGCAAGUAGCCACUCUCAUGAAGGACUUCUUGGAGCAUUUGGCCGAAAGUUUGGUAACAAUUCCUGAAAAAUCCAACACCCGGGUGCUAUCAAUGGACAUUGAGGAGUAUGUGGGUGCUAUUGAGAAUUCUAGUCCUGAUAAGCUGCGAUUUUUUGUCGGGCAGGAUAACUUUAAAAGCGCCAUUAGAUUGCUGAUCUCUUCUUUGCAAAAGCCCAGGAUUAAUCAAGAUGUGGUCCUUCAGGGCUUCGAAUUGAUUGCCAUGAGACUAAUCGAGGAGAGCUUGCGGAUUUCGCCACCUGCUUCUGCCUAGUUUUACAGGGCCGGUUUUGAUACCCAAUUCCUCUGUCGAGUGUCCAAAGUCUGAAUUUUACACACAUACAGGGUGUUUCAGUGGGGAGACAAAAGUCAAUUUUGAGCAUCAAAGUACUAGAUGAACAUAUAAGGAAGGGCUUGGUUCAGGAUCUACAGGGCGAUAAAUUAUUUUUUGAAAUGUGAAAAACCUGUGUGUUUAUCUGAACUUUUAUGCUUACAGUUAGAGCAGACUAACAGGUUGCAGGAUGUAAGUUCUCCUCCUGAGACGCCCUGUGUAAUACCACGCGAACAAACUUAAAAAGUAAAUAAUGACAAAGUUUAGUUAUGUACCAAAGAACGAUAUUACAGUUGUUAGUAUCAUAGUAUUAUUAUGUUUCUGAGUCUAUUUCCAUGCCCAAUUAAUGCAGGGUGACUGCAAGUUGGCGUCCUUUCCUUCGGGAGUGAGUGCUAUUCUAAAUAUCUGCGGGUUUCCACACCCCGAGAAAGAGAAGAGUGAUGCCAAUUUCCACUCACCCUAUAUAGUUUAACGGUUAAUUGUCGCUUAAUGCUUUCUGUGAUGUUUUUUAAUAAUGAUUUAAUCGAUUUUUACUGAUUUUAGUAAAGUAUAUUAUAACAGUU